AUGGUGCAAGCUCAAGAUUUUAUCGGUACCAUAGACUCGGACGAUGAGGUAUUCACUUCCUCUGUCCAGCCUGUACGUGGGAAGAAACAAUCUCAUCAAAGGGCCACAUCACAACCACCGGUGGAGGAGCUCAAACUUGAUCCCAGUCUCAAAUUCGACUUUCAUGACGAGGCUGAGGGGUCUUGGGGAGUAGAUGAGGUUAAAGAAGUGGUCUCUGGAAAAGCUGGUCUUGGGGUGGACGAUAUCAUUGCCAGGCGAUUGGGCAAACCGGUCCUUUCUCAUCAAGAGAGGAAGAGACGGCGCGAGGAGGAAAUUGAUGAGGAUGAUAUUUCUUCCGAAGCUGGAGACGAGGAGAUGUCAGAUGACGAAGACGAAGAUGAGGAAGAUGACGAGGAGGAGGAAGAAGAAGAAGAGGGGGAAGCUGCGACGGACGACGAUGUCGAAAUGUCUUCUGGGUCUGAAGAUGACGAAGGGGAAGUAUCAGAAGGUGGACAAGACUCUCACAACGCCGACAACGACGAGGAUAGUGACAGUUCCGAAAAAGACACCGCAGCAGAAGUUGCUCGCAAAAACGCAUUCUUCGCCGCUGAUCCAACUACCGACCCCACGCUACCCACCUCUUUCUCAACUAUGAAUCUCUCCCGACCUCUUCUCCGAGCUCUAACCUCUCUCAAUCUCAUCACUCCCACUCCCAUCCAAGCUCGUGCCAUACCCCUUGCCCUUCUAGGUCGCGAUAUACUUGGUUCAGCAGUGACAGGUUCUGGUAAAACGGCCGCUUUCAUGGUACCCAUCCUCGAGCGAUUAACAUAUCGAGAAAGAGGUCGUGGUGGACAAGCAUGUAGAGUUUUGAUUCUUUGUCCCACACGAGAACUUGCCGUUCAAUGUGAAGAAUUCGGUAAGAAAUUAUCUACUCAAGGUGGUCUAAACAUCCGAUUCGCUCUAUUGGUCGGUGGACUUUCUCUCAAUGCUCAAGCUCAAAACCUACGUACUUUACCCGAUAUUCUCAUAGCAACACCGGGACGUUUGAUCGAUCAUUUAACCAACACACCUUCUUUCACUCUUUCCGCAUUGGACGUUUUAGUCAUCGAUGAAGCUGACAGAAUGUUAGAAGCUGGGUUUACGGAUGAAUUGAACGAAAUCGUUCGUUCUUGUCCUAGAGGAAGACAAACAAUGUUAUUCUCAGCUACUAUGACUGAUUCAGUUGAUGAACUCGUCAAACUUUCCUUGGAUAAACCUAUAAGAUUAUUCGUGGAUCCUAAAAGAAACACUGCGAUAGGAUUAACACAAGAGUUCGUGAGGAUCAAAUCGGAUGAUACUAGGUCUCCUAGUCUAUUGGCGUUGUGCAAGAGAACAGUCAGGGAGAGAUGUAUAAUCUUCUUUAGAAGUAAAGCUUUGGCACAUCAGAUGAGAGUGGUUUUUGGUUUAUGCGGAUUAAAAGCUGCUGAAUUACAUGGAAAUCUGUCUCAAGAACAGAGGUUACACGCUUUGGAAGAGUUCAAACUUGGAAAAGUGGAUUAUCUCUUAGCGACGGAUUUAGCUAGUAGAGGAUUGGAUAUCAAAGGUGUGGAAACGGUUAUCAAUUAUGAUAUGCCAGGUCAAUUGGCUCAAUAUACUCACCGUGUGGGUCGAACAGCCAGAGCGGGAAGGAAGGGAAGAUCCAUAACUCUAGUUGGAGAGGCGGAUAGAAAACUUCUCAAAGCAGUUAUCAAACAAAGUGAAGCGGAUGAAAUCCGACAUCGUAUCAUUCCCUCUGAAGCAGUGACAGCCAUGUCGAAAACUCUUGAUGAGAUGAAAGAUGAGAUUCAAGAAGUUUUGAAAGAAGAGAAAGAAGAAAAAGCCUUACGACAGGCAGAUAUGGAAAUCACCAAAGGGGAGAAUAUGAUAGCUCAUGAAGAAGAAAUCUUUUCAAGACCUGCUAGAACUUGGUUCCAGUCUGAGAAGGAAAAGUUGGCUUCUAAAAACGCUGGUAAAGCAGCUUACACAUCUGGUUUUCCUUCCGAUCCUAAAACGGAGAAGGAAGAAAAGACUAAAUUGAAAAGAGGUAUAUACGACGGUCUUUCCCGUAAAACCAAACGACGUCGAAUAGCAAUGAAGGAAGAUGAAGGUGAUAAAACAGCUAGUACAGCAGCUAUAAGAGCUUUCAAAAAGAAUAUCAGACCUUCGAAAAUAACAGAACCAAUUCGAGCUCCGAUGAGUAAAAAAGGGAAAUCUGGUAAGAAAGGAAAGAAAGCAAGUGCUUUUGAUGAAGAUAGUGGUGGUAGACAUGAAGGUAUGAGAGCUAAACCUGUCAAGGUAAGUUUGAACAAGAUGAAGGGUGGGAAGGGUGGGAAAGGGAAAGUCAAAGGGAAAGGGAGAAGAUGA